UCGUAGUGGAGACUGUUCGGUCGGAUUAGUCGCCUUUACUUUCACUUUGCACUUCAUUUGCUUGAGUGUCAACCCGUGUCGUCUCAUUCCUCUCGCGAUCCUCAACCCGACAACCAAAGCUUAUUUUAGCACCACGCACCCCCACUGUUAUCCUGUCGUCGUUGGGAUUCUCACUCUUUGCAGAUAAGUCUGUCUCAAUAUUGUCUCAAUUAGUGCUACUGCUGUUCCUCUUCAAGUCUCAAAUUUCCCCAAUCUCAAUCAGUUUUCUUGCUAAUAACCUCAUAUUAGUGAAGUUUACCUUAUACACAGUUAAUGCUCAAGUUCACGUAUAAAUCGACUGAUUAAAGCGAAAUUAAUGAACCAUGGGAGAAAAGAUGAGGGUUGGCAAAAAGAGUCCGAACGACUUAUUUUGCACCUUAAGAAUUCCAUUUUUGUCAGUUUUGGCAAUUCUUUUUGUCACUGGAAGCAUCUCUGCAUCGAGGAUUCCGACCGACGUUGACCACCUUCUUGGAAAGUUUAACGACGAGCUGCGACUUUACCGACAUUAUGGAGCUGAACUGGCUUGGGAUAUGAGCAUUAAUAUGACUCAUGAGGUUUUGGAUAAAAAUGAGCAAUUUACUAUUCAACGCAACAUCUGGACAAAUGAAUGGUGCUCUCAACUGAUGAAUCUGUACCGUUCCGAUGUCGCCAGUUCAGAAAACCCAUUGGAAUGGACACUUGAACAUCUUCGACAACUCUACCUGGUUUGCAGAGGUCCUCGCUUCACCUCGUAUCAAUUGAGUAACGUUCUCGAAAUUUUGAGCACAAUGCAGAAGCUUUACAAUAAAGAGGUCUGCAUUAAUGGGAAGUGCAUGAGAAUGGAGCCGGAUCUCAACCGCAUAAUGGAAUCGUCAAGGGAUGAGAAAAUGUUGAACAAAGUUUGGUCUCGAUGGCAUGGACAGAUUGGGACGGAAGUGAAACCCUUGUACGUGUCCCUCGUUCACAUGCUGAAUCAGGGGGCGAGACAGGCAGGUCACUCAGAUAUAGGCGAAUGUUGGCGAGAAGAGACUGAAAUACCACAUUUGAAAAUGGUUGCGAGCAAACUGUACUCGGAAGUGAAACACUUGUACGAAAUGCUUCACACCUUCGUCCGUUUCAAACUGGAACAAUUUUACAAAAUGGACUUUAAUGGUGGACCCAUACCUUCCCAUUUGCUUGGAAACAUGUACGCUCAAAAUUGGCAAAGUUUGAUUGACAUCGUGUGGGAAGAUGAUGAUGAGAAAAGUAAUGAGAAAAUGAGCAAGGAGGAAACCAAUCCCCUGGUGAAAGCAAUCCUUCCAAAAAAUGCAACUGUGCUCGACAUGGUGAAAGCAGCAGAGGAUUUUUUCGUCUCAAUGGGAUUGCCAAAAAUUCCUCCCUCAUUUUGGAAAAACUCGUAUUUCGAGGAUCCCAAACCAACGGACGGAGAACAACCUAAUGCUCGAAAUUGCCACGGUUCGGCAGCCAACAUGUUUGGUCUGCAUGGUCCAGAUUACAGGAUGAUGAUGUGCGCCGAGGUGAAAGAUGAGGAUUUGGUCACAUUUCAGCACGAAAUUGGUCAUAUUGUGUACUUCAUGGCAUAUUCAAACUUACCAACCAUUUUUCAGGACGGGGCAAAUUCAGCAUUCCAAGAGUCCGUUGGGGAUUCCGUGACUUACGAUCUCAAACCGACCUUCACAUCGGAAAAUAGCAAAAUAAAGUCUUUGCUGAAAACAGGGCUGGCAAAAUUGCCCCAAGUUGGAUAUGGCCUCGUGAUGGACCUGUGGCGUUGGAACGUGUUUGAGAAUGAGGACGCUGUGUCGCUGUGGAACCAAAACUGGUGGGACUUGCACCACGAAUAUCUCGGUGUAACAAAACCAGCAGGCUACAAGAUCAGGGAAGACAAUGUGAUGGAUGCGGCUGGGAAAUUUCAUAUUAUUGACAACAUUCCAUACAUUCGAUAUUUCUUGGGCUCCUUUCUACAAGUCCAGUUUUAUGAGGCGAUGUGUACGGCUGCUGGAUGGAAAAAUGACAUGCAUGCUUGUCAGAUACGGGGGUCGAAGGAUGCGGGUCAACUAUUGUGGAGAAUGAUGGGACGAGGGACGAGUAAUCACUGGUCCACAACUUUGGAGGAGAUGACCGGGUCGAAAGAUAUUGAGUCGGGAGCAUUGCUAAGAUAUUUCAAGCCUCUUCAGCGCUGGCUGGAAUCUCGAAUUCGUCGACACGGUCUUUCUUUGGGCUGGUAGAAGUAUGUAUGCAUGUACAAACGUGUACAUAUACUCUCAUGCAAAAAGAUACUCUGCAAAAUUAUUGCAAAAUUAUUACAAGACUUCAGAAAAGGUCACGAUUAUAUUUUUGUGAAUACUUUACAAAUUUGUGGAUGCUUUAAAUUUGUGUUUCCAAUUGAUUAGAAGUAGAGAAAAUUUCCAUUCAGAUCAGUGUAUGUACUUUCAUUGUUAAUUAUGUAUUUUUUUAUUAAUCUCAGUAAUGUGCUUGGUAUUAUUUAACUUAAUUUAUGUUGCGAGCUGUCUUACUAAUUAAAAAAGUAAUGCCGAAAUAAGCAAAAUAAGCAUUGGCGUCGUGAAGAAUUUCAGUUUAACUGGUUUAUUAUUAAGUAAGUAUUAUUAACUGGUUAUUGUCGUAUCAACUUGAAAAUUUACAUGGUGGUGAAAGGAAGAGCCUGUUUAUGGAAACAAUAAACCAGUUAAACUGAAAUUCUCUGCUACUCCUAUAUUUACCCUGCUUAUUGUAUGCAUAAUCAACGUCAUUGGUAAAAAAGGAUGUAUUACAAAAU